AUGGCGAGGUUGAGUAGGAGAAAUAGGAAGUUGAAGGAAACAACGAUUGAACCGGAUGAGGAGUACCCCAUUGUUGGUUCAGAGACGGUGAGACCGCAGAAUACGGCUGAUUUGGGGACACCGGGGGAUGUUCUCCGGUCGAUCCUGAACAAUAUGAACCUUAGCUUUGAGACGAACAUUGGGAUGCUCAAUGGGGACGCUGUGAGGGAGAUCCCUGAACGGAAAACAUUGCUUGAUUUACAGAAGAAGUUGAACACGUUGAAUGUUUUGUUCAAUGAUAUUGUACAAGACGAUGAGAGGCUCGUCGAUGACAUUAGAAAAUGGAAAGAUCGUGAGGUUGCACCGGUGGAAGAGAUAGCACAGCAGGGGAAGACAGAUGGCGUUGCCGUAUUAGCCGUUGAAGAACCGGAAGUAAAACCUGCGGUUGCACAGGGAGGAAACAAGAAAACUGGAGGAGGAGGAGGAGAAGAACUAGUCGAGGGAGAGGCUGUAGUGGUGGCUGAAAUCGAGCACGAGGACGAGAAACUGGAUCAAGAGAGUAUGAAGGCUGAUGGAGUACAGCCACAAUCGCAACAGGUUAACGACGAGGACAAGCCACAAGAUAACACUUUUAAAGGGGACGUGGACGGGAACGUCGAUCACGCUGAAACCGGAAAAGAUGAGUCGGUAACGGAUACAAACAGUGCUGUGGUUGAUGCGGAAGAUACAACAAAGACAAAAUCGAAAGAGGUUGCUACUGCUGCAGUGGCUGAUGCACAGAUAGAACCAGAAACAGAACUUCGAAGUGAUCCUGUCCCAGAACAGCCGGCAACCCCGACUGGCGAAGCGGUCGCAACUACCGGGGAUGACAUAAAACAGGAUGCAACAGAAUUGAUUGCUGCCCCCGCAGGAGAAACGCAAUUGCCAGCAACCAGCGACGUUGACGUCGAGGCCGAACCUAGUUUCAAAGAGGUCGACAACGAGUCCAAUCUUGAAUCUCACAAGCAGGAUAAGCCUGUGCCAAUCGAAGAAGAACAUGUUGAUGCUGAAGAAGGUGUUGAGGGGACGGACCACUCAAGGGACGCUGGUAUCUCAGGCGUGCCUCCCCAUAAGAGAGUACUGGAAGAUGUACUAAAUGGUUCAGAUAUUGAGCCUAUUGUAGGGAAUGGGUUACCAGCGACUAAGAAACUGAAAGUGGGGGAGGAUACAAAGGACACGGAGAGGGAUAAAAUGGAGAAUGAUCCAAACGUCAAGAAUCCCAAAUCGGAAUUUGUCAUGUCGCAGACUCUACCGAAGGCCGCACGCGACCUCGGGUUGUAUAACGAAGAAGGAUUGGAGACGACGGGGGAGGAAUACUUGAAGAAAAAGUACAACGUGGCAAGUUACCCAACAAACGACCUGAAACAUUUGCUCCCCGGUAAGUUGCCCGAUAAAGAUUUCUCGUACCCAAAGCCAACAAACCAAAUCCAAUACAGCACUUUUUUAGGUUUCGUGGACAAUUUCUUCAGGGACUUCAACGACGACGACGUGAAGUUUUUGAAGUCCAAGUACAUCUUACCGCUGUCUUUGGAAAUGAACAAGAUGUAUGAUCCAGAGACGACUCCGUUUAUAAUCCCCAGAUUGGGUCCCCUCUACACGGAAACGUGGCUUCGAGAGGAUAACGGCGCACAAGUGGGGAACACAUCUCCUGUGCCACAGAACGACCCAUCGGCGAUACUACCGAAGGGUGACUCCGCAAAGGUCGACGACUCAGUCUUGGAGACAGAAGACGUCUCCUGUGGACCGUUGCUGUCGAGAUUGCUUUCCGCGAUUUUGACGGACAACGGGGACAAAUCUGACUUGAACGAUCCCAUUAAGGAGGAGGAGAGUUUUGCAGAGCCGCCAAGCAGCGCGUACUCUGUGAGCAACGAGGGCACCCCCUCAGAGGUCAACACGGUCCAGACGUCUCCCAAGAGCGACGGCCCCGCUGCUGCAGUUCUAUUUGACGGCAGCGGCGGCACCACUAGCUCUUUAAAGCGGGACGGUAACUGGCACAUCAGCAGCAUCAACCUUAACUACCCGACGUUCGAGGAGAGGCUGAAGCGUGAGCUGAAAUACGUUGGGAUAUACAUGAACCUGCCCAAGGACGAGAACGGUGCACCCGGUGACGACCCAGACUGGCUGCACGGGAGGGAGGACGACGAGGUGAGCGCGGAGCUGAGAUCGUUGCAGGGCUCGCUGAGGACGGUGACCCACCGCACCAAAAGAGGAAGAACAUCCUGUUGCCUGUGUUUGGAGCGGUACCUCGCGUGGCAAGAGUAUAUCUCUAUCCUGGAUGACCUCGACAAGCAAAUCGACCAGGCAUACAUCAAGCGGAUCCGGGCACCCAAGAAGAGAAAGAAGCAUCAAGCCGGGGCUGGAUACGGCGGUGGCGGCGCGAACGGUGGGAUCACGGGUUCUGCCUCGCAAGUCGCGCAGCAGAAGGCUGCAAAUUCGAGCCUGAAGGCACUCCUGGAUAAGAGACAGCGGUGGACCAGCAAGAUCGGCCCGAUGUUCGACAAGCCGGAGGUCAUGAAGCGGAUCCCGCGGGAGACCGUCUUCAAGGACAUAGAUCAAGACGAGGAAGAGGACGAGGGGGACGUCUUUGGUCAGACAAACCAGAACAAGGACGAGGAUUUGGGGGAGUGA